AUGGAAUAUCAAUACCUCGGCAGGAGUGGGCUUAAGGUCUCCAAGGUCAUCCUGGGAGCCAUGUCCUACGGCACGCCAGAAUGGCAAGGUUGGGUGUUGAAUGAAGAAGACUCGUUGCCUUUGCUGGAAUAUGCAUACAAGGUCGGCAUCAGAACCUGGGAUACUGCCGAUGUGUACAGCCAUGGCCGGUCCGAGGAGAUUAUCGGCAAGGCCAUCAAGAAGUACAAUAUUCCCCGGGAACGCUUAGUGAUUCUGAGCAAGUGCUAUUUCGGUGUGACUCCAGACACUCCUGGCAACGCCAUUGGUGCAAGUUCGGUCAACGAUGGGGAUAUGCUGAACCAAAUGGGUCUGAGUCGCAAACACAUUAUUGAUGCUGUGGAUAAGAGCGCCGCGCGACUGGGCACCUACAUCGACGUUCUACAGAUUCAUCGACUGGACCGGUCGGUACCUCGUGAAGAGAUCAUGAGAGCUCUCAAUGAUGUCGUUGAAUCUGGUAAAGUCCGGUAUAUUGGAGCUUCUAGUAUGGCUGCAUGGGAGUUUCAGGAACUACAGAAUGUAGCCGACAAGCACGGCUGGCACAAGUUCAUCUCGAUGCAGAAUUACUACAACUUGCUCUACCGGGAAGAGGAGAACGAGAUGAUCCCGUACUGUAACCACACAGGCGUUGGUCUUGUGCCGUGGUCGCCCGUCGCGCGUGGAGCCUUGACUCGUCCUUGGGGCAAUCGGGAUACCCUCCGCGAAAAGACAGACCACUACCUUAAAUCCCGGAUCCGCGAACAAGAGGACCAAGUGGACGAAGAGAUCGUGGGACGAGUGGAGAAAGUGGCCAAGAAGAUGGGCAAGAGUAUGGCCCAGAUUGCGAUUGCCUGGUCUCUGAGCAAGAAGGAUGUUUGUCCGAUUGUCGGCUUGAACAAGAAGGAGAGGAUGGAUGAGGCGAUCGAAGCAUGCAAGAUCAAGCUCAGCGAGGACGACAUCCAAUAUCUCGAGGAGCCGUACAUGCCCAAGAAGAGGCAAGGCUAUUGA